GGGAGAUAUUGUUCAUUACAACUUCCCCGCCAAGCGGAGAUGUGUUACUAAUACGGUACUUAUAAUCCCAGAUCAAAAGGCUUCCCAUAAAGACUUAUCUUUCAUGUUAUAUACCUAAGGUACCGUCAAGACACUGCGACCAGCUUAUUACUCUGGAUAUCUAGUGAAUUGAACAAGCUUAUGCCUACAAAAUGUCCACCACAGAGACAAUCACUACGCCAGCUCCAACCUUCCCCACCACUGAGAAAACCUGGGCGAACGGAUCUAGCGUAAAGAAGAGGGUUGAGAACCCUCCCCAAGUCCAAGUUGCCGGCACUACGAAGAGUGGGAAGAAACUUAACAUAAGAACGUACCCCGAGUUCGAGGACCUCGAAGACGAGCGACUCUAUCGAAAGCAGCACUUAGCAGCAGCAUUUCGGGUCUUCGCCGACCGCGGGUUCGACGAGGGCGUCGCGGGACACAUCUCCGUCCGGGACCCCAUUCUAACGGACCAUUUCUGGCUCAACCCGCUCUCGAUGCACUUCUCGCUGAUCAAGGUAUCCGACCUAAUCCUCUGCGACGAAGACGGCAACGUGGUGGCCGGGGACGAGCCGGUGAACGCGGCGGCGUUCGCGAUCCACUCGCAGAUCCACCGGGCGCGGCCGGACGUGCACGCCGCGUGCCACGCCCACAGCGUGCACGGGAAGGCCUUCUCGGCCUUCGGCCGCGAGCUCGAGAUGAUCACGCAGGACGCCUGCCGGUUCUACCGGAGCCACGGGGUGUACCGCGACUUCCGGGGCGUCGUGCUCGACGACGAGGAAGGGCGGAGGAUCGCCAAGGCGCUGGGUGAUGGGAAGGCCGUGAUUCUGCAGAACCACGGCCUACUUACGGUCGGUGGGAGCGUCGAUGAGGCCGCGUUCUGGUUCAUCAGCCUGGAGAGGACGUGCCAGGCUCAGUUACUCGCCGACGCGGCUUCGGCUUCGGGGCAUAAGAAGAUUCUUAUUGACGAUGACGAAGCUGCUUAUACUGCUCUACAGGUCGGAGGUCCUGCGAAGGGAUGGCUUGCUUUUCAACCAUAUUACGACGAGCAACUCGCAAAAACGAAAGGCAACUUUUUGAACUAAUUCUGUGAUAUUUUUCUAUUUUUACCAAUCCCCUACAUACCUAGUAAUGUGGAUAGCUGUCUGAGACAGUAAUGGUCCGUGUUUCCAAUUUACGAGUUGUCUAUCGGGAACACCCUCAUGACAAAAUCACUACAACUCCAUAAGAUCUUUAGUAGUUCAGUUCUACUCCUUUAUUUCAUACAGCUCAGGUACAUCCUUUAGUUACCUAGGUACGUAUCGUCACAAUGAAGUUUUGUGUACGACUACGGAUCUGUACAUGCAUGCAGAUAGGUACCUAACCCAUACUAAUGUUCCAUGCACCGAUGACUUUUACUUAGAUGUGG